AUGCAUACCCAAGCACAUUUAAACCCUACCGAGUUAUCUAUUCUAUCCAUCCCACGAGAGAACUGUUGGAUAUUUGCUAGUCCUAUACUACGAUUGCUACAUUAUGAAUCACUAAAGGUAAAUAGAUUCAAUGCUGGCUACGAGUCGGACUUUUCGACCGAAGAAGGUGAAGAUGAAGCAGAUGAGGUUGAUAGAAAGGAAGAAUAUGAAGAAUGCGACGAUGAUAUGAUCCAACAGAUAAUUACGGGUCUUUCAUCCAGUUGGUGUAUACCGAAAUCCACUAAGCGUUCUAGUCGCAGAAAUGAAUCCAUGUUGCUUAUGUCUUCAAGUGGGUAUUUAGAGAAGAGUGGUUUACAGGUUGAUAAUUCGAGUAAAGCUGAUCCUCAGCGAGAUACUUUUAAUUCCUCCGAUGAAAGUAUCGGCAGUGAAAGUAUAGGCGGCGAAGAUAAAGGGAUUGAAAAUGAAAAGCACGACGACAAUUAUUUUUUUCACAUUGCAUUUACCCCUAUCGAGUGUACUGUUAUCUGUUCGAGUCACUUAAUGAAAAAGUUAUUUGAAGAGCCAUUGAAUUUAUGUCAACAGUUGAACUAUGAUAAGGUAAAGUUAAUAGACGAGUUUUUUUUAAGCUUACUCAUUGACAGUGAUGGAAGUUUUGAUAAUAGUUCGCAGAUUCUAGAAUUAACCAAACCAUUAUCAGAAAAUGAUAUUUCGUUAUUUUUCUUAUCCAGCCACUUUAGCAACAUUGUUUUAAUACCCUAUAAUUUAAAAGAAAAGGUUAUUGCUAUUUUAUCGAAACAAAAUUUUGAAUUUUCCGACAUUUCAAAUAGUUACAUUGUCAACCAAAUAGAUGAUGAUAGCGAACUGGAAGAUGUUGACAUAUCACCUGAAGUCGAAGCGAUUAAUCUUGAGUAUAAAGCAUUCCAAUUAUUGAAGCAGACCAAUAUUCAGCCAAGAAUUAAUAGUAACAUCCAUCUUUUACUUACAGGAGCAAGACCCGGUGAAGUCAAGAAUACAAUUUUGAAAACUGCUAAAAACAUUUCGUCUGGUACCAUUCCUGAAUACUUCUCUAUAACUAGAACAUCAGUUAAUGAGGUCUCUCUUCUUUUACCCAAAUCACCUAGAAGGAGAUCACUGAUGGGCUUCAGUUCAAAAAACAUCAUUGGCUCGAUUCAAGAUGUUAUUAUCCCGAUUACUGUUGAUUUAUAUAAAUUGCCGUUGGAUUCAACUGGUAUUGUUGCAGGUCUCGCCAGCAGAAUCAUUAAUGGGGUUAAAUUAGCGGCUCGGACUGACUAUCCAUUCGAAAUGAAUUAUUUAUCAAUGGCUCAAUCUGCGAUUAUCAUGGUGCCAAAAGAAAACCUAUCUUUGGUUUCGGAUAUCUUAAGUAAUGUUAGUUAUGACUGA